AUGAGGAACGACGACUUCCGAUCACUCCUUUCCAGCAAUGCGAAUGGCGCCUCACCCUCAAGUCGACCCUCUGCGCUGGGGGAAAAGAAGAGCGCAUUCGUGGGAAUGACACCGCGGCCGGGAAAGGCUAUCGGCAGUAAGGAUUUUGCUCGACAAGUACGAGAACAGCAUGCUUCCUUACAACCUACCAAGAAAUUCAAGUCAGUUGCGCCGAAGGGCAGUAAGUUUGCUGCUGGAUAUACCGACCGAGCGAAAGCGCGACAGGAAGCAGAGGAUGCUGAGGAUGACAAGGCAAAGAGGAUCAAGGCGCUCGAGGAACAGGUGAAGCUUGGACAGCUGGAGCAGGCGACGUUUGAGGCUUUAAGGGAUGAGAUUACAGGAGGUGAUGUCUCCAGCACGCAUCUAGUAAAGGGUUUGGACAAAAAAUUAUUGGAGCGCGUGCGCAGAGGAGAGGAUGUAUUAGGUCUCGGCGGUGGGAAGAAGGAGGACGAUGGAUAUGCUUCACCCGACGUUGAUGACGAGCUAGAUCAAUUGGCUGAGAAAGAGGUCGAAACCGUACAGCGAGAGCAAGUUGAGAAGAAGGGCGUGAAGGCUCCGGCGCAAGUUGCUGGCAAGAAGCGCACACGGGACGAGAUCAUGGCGGAGCUAAAGGCACAGCGCAAAGCAGCCGCUGACGCGAAAGCAGCCUCUGUGCCGAGCUUGGACAGCAGAUGGCGCAGAGUGGGCGACCAGGUGAAGCCGAAGGUCGAGAUUGAUCAAAAGGGCAGAGAGGUGGUCACGAUCACGAAUGAAGACGGCACUGUGAAGAAGAUGGUUCGAAAAGCUCAGGCGGGUACAGAAUCAAAGGCUGCUAUGCCAGAUGUCAGCAGGCCGGUCUUGGGAGCAGAUGUUGUGGUUCCAGAGCAGAAGAAGAAUCCGGAGCCGGACGUGGAGUCUGACGAGGACAUCUUCGGAGGGGUGGGAACUGAAUACGAUCCGCUUGGUGGCAUGGAUGACGAGGACAAUAGCGGCAGCGACGACGAGACUGAGUCUACAAAACCCAAGGUGGCUACUUCACAGGAGAAGUCCAUCGAAAGGACAGAACGUCCCCAGGAGGACGAUGCCAACCAAAAGGCGACUGCCUCAGAACCAUCGAAAGCACAACGAAAUUACUUUGGCGAAAGUAAGAGCAAGGACGAGGAGCAAGAGCAAGACCGCUUCAAAGGAAUCGAGAACGUGCUCAAGAAGGCGUCACAGCUGGGCGCCGAACGAUCUGCUGCGGAUGAGGAUGUCGAGGAGGAUAAUGGUUCCGAGAGCAAAGAAGAGCGGCAAGCGCGUCUCGCGAAACGUGCAAAGAUGCUCGCGCGGCAAGAUCGCGACAUGGACGAUAUUGAUAUGGGCUUUGGCGAGAGUCGCUUUGAGGACGAAGCAGAUUUCGAGGACGCUAAAGUCAAGCUGUCGCAAUGGAAGGGUAAGGUCGGCGAAGACGAUGGCUGGGAUGAGGACGAGAAGAGCGGUAAGAAGGAGAAGAAACGAAAGCCCAAGAAGAGAAAGGGUGAUGCGAAUAAUAUGGACGACAUCAUGAGGGUGAUUGAGGGAAGGAAGCAAUGA